AUGACACAUCAUCCUGCACAGAAUCGUCAAGAGACUAAUCAAUUAUAUACGUCUAUUGGUGUUAUAUCACAUGGAACAAUUACUUUUGCGGAAGAUACAUCCAAUCCAGCAAAAUUUAUUAGUAUACCAUCGAAUGCUUCCGUUCAACAUGUUAAAGAAUUACUCUUUCGACAAUGGUGUAGUGAACGACCACCACUUGUUAUAUCGGUAGCAGGUGGCGCAAAAAAAUAUACAAUGAAACCGAAAUUAUUGAAAGCAUUUCGAAGUGGUCUUCUAAAAGUGGCAAGAACAACAGGUAUUGAAAUUAAAUAA